AGAGAAUGGCGCCAGGCGGGAGAGGGCAGCUGAGAGAACUACACACAGGAGGCGGGGUCCAGGGGGGAGGGAGGACGCGGCCCACCGUGGCGAAGGCGGCUUUAGUAGCAGCAUGAAGCGCGCCCAGACCGCGGAGGAGCGAGAGCGCGAAGCUAAGAAACUAAGGCUCCUGGAGGAGCUUGAAGACACUUGGCUUCCUUACCUGACUCCCAAAGAUGAUGAGUUCUAUCAGCAGUGGCAGCUGAAAUAUCCCAAACUGGUUCUCCGAGAGGCUGGCAGUAUAUCCGAGGAGCUGCAUAAAGAGGUCCCUGAGGCCUUUCUCACACUGCAUAAGCACGGCUGCUUGUUUCGGGAUGUGGUUAGGAUCCAAGGCAAAGAUGUGCUCACCCCAGUGUCUCGCAUCCUCAUCGGGGACCCAGGCUGCACUUACAAGUACCUGAACACUCGACUCUUCACAGUGCCCUGGCCAGUGAAGGGCUGCACCAUCAAUUACACAGAGGCUGAGAUUGCUGCUGCAUGUCAGACCUUCCUCAAGCUCAAUGACUACCUGCAGGCUGAGACCAUCCAGGCCUUGGAAGAACUGGCUGUCAAAGAGAAGGCUAAUGAAGAUGCUGUGCCAUUGUGCAUGGCAGAGUUCCCCAGGGUUGGCAUGGGGUCCUCCUGUGACGAAGAAGUGGACAUUAAGAGCAGAGCAGCCUACAACGUGACUUUGCUAAACUUCAUGGAUCCUCAGAAAAUGCCGUACCUCAAAGAGGAGCCUUAUUUCGGCAUGGGGAAAAUGGCGGUGAGCUGGCAUCAUGACGAGAACCUGGUGGAUAGGUCAGCUGUGGCGGUGUACAGCUACAGCUGUGAAGGCUCCGAUGACGAAAGCGAGGAUGAGUCUAGCUUCGAGGGCAGAGAUCCUGAUACUUGGCAUGUUGGUUUCAAGAUCUCGUGGGACAUUGAGACGCCGGGCUUGGCAAUACCUCUUCACCAGGGCGACUGCUAUUUCAUGCUGGAUGAUCUCAAUGCCACCCACCAGCACUGUGUUUUGGCUGGCUCACAGCCUCGAUUUAGUUCCACCCACCGCGUGGCCGAGUGCUCAACAGGCACCUUGGAUUAUAUUUUACAACGCUGCCAGUUGGCGCUGCAGAAUGUCCUCAAUGACUCAGACAACGGCGAUGUCUCCUUGAAGUCCUUUGAACCUGCAGUUUUGAAACAAGGAGAAGAAAUCCACAACGAGGUUGAGUUUGAGUGGCUGAGGCAGUUCUGGUUUCAAGGAAAUCGAUACAAAAUUUGCACUGAUUGGUGGUGUGAACCCAUGACUCACCUGGAGGGGCUGUGGAAGAAGAUGGAGAAUGUGACAAAUGCGGUGCUUCGUGAAGUUAAAAGAGAGGGGCUCCCUGUGGAACAAAGGAUUGAAAUUCUGACUGCCAUCCUGGCCCCAGUCACCGUGCGCCAGAAUCUGAGGAAAGAAUGGCACGCCAGGUGUCAGUCCCGAGUCGUCAGGACCUUACCAGCAAAUCAGAAACCAGACUGCCGGCCAUACUGGGAGAAGGAUGACCCGUCCAUGCCUCUGCCCUUCGACCUCACCGACGUGGUUUCAGAGCUCAGAGGCCAGCUUCUGGAAGCGAAACCCUAGAAGAAGCUCAAGUCUUAGGUGGAGAAGGAAAACAACCUUGGCUUUCCUCCCGAAACCUCGGACAGGGUAGUAUAUACUCCUUUCAACCUGUAGGUUAUAGGACCUGGGUUCCAGUUCAAAACAGCUAAGAGAAUAAAGCCCACAAAUACUGAAAUGUUAAAGAAUUACUGUGUUUUAGUCUGAUUUGAUGUUAAAUUAGACACCCCCCCUAAAAAAAAUAGACACCACUCUUUUUUUUUUUUUUUUUCCCCUUGGGAGCACUUUUGUCCCCAAGGCCACAACAGGAAUGCUUUCCUCUUUGGCUAGCCACCUCAGAGAUUGGGAGUAGACCCAGCCAUGGACCCCAGAACUGGAGACAUCUCUCUCAGCUUCUCAUCAUGGUUUUCUAGCGUUUGGGUCAUCCAAGAUGGCAGCCACUGCGCACUGUGGCUGCAGACCUAAAUUCAGCUUGACUGUAGAUAAGAAUCCACUCUUCGGCUGCCCCAGCGGGUGCUGUUUCGAGUGUUUCAGGUUUAUGAGCCACCAUUCCCAAUUCCAGUUUUCUGUAGCAGCUGUUGCCAUGGAGGAAAGCAACAAAAAGCAGUCGCUGGACAGGAACCUCUUUCCCCCUCAGAGAAAAAAACUCAGUGAGGGCCUGACUAUGGGCCCUGUGCACCGCGCAGAGGAAGAGAAAGGAGGGAUAUAGGAAACAGGCGCGUCCUGUCUUGAUGGGGCUUCCCUGAUCCAAUGACAGAGGCCAGCUGGUGUUUCUCCUAGAAUUCCCCCAUUCCCAGAUACUGACAGGUGGCAUGGGGUUUGCAGGGCCCAGUUCCCCAUCCUGAUGAUGCCAGAGCAUCAGAGAGAUCAAGGAGAGAUGUUAAGCCUGAACUCUGUUUUCAGGGUGCCAGGAUUGACACCCCGCCCAACUCUGUGACCUUUGCAUGUCCCUGUGUCUCGGUUUUCUCAUCUGUAUGGUGGGAGAUGUGAAAAGUGCCAACUCCUAAUGUGGAGAUUAAGUGACAUGACUGAGCUACCGGCCUAGAGCAAUUUCCAGCAUACCGCUAAGCACCCAGUAUGUGUUAGUGCUGUGUGAGCUGACCUGGCAGUAGCUGUGUUCGUUCCCCUCAGCAGUCCUCUGCCGUCUGUGUCUCAUGGCCCACAUCUUUCUCUGCCGACCUGAGCAAGGCCUUUCAGUGGCCCCAGAAAUGUUGACAGCAGUCAGCCCCUUCCCUCGGCCCAUGACUUUCUUGUAUCGGUCCGGACCUUCUGUAUACGGAAGGGUAUACAACAGUAAUUCUUUCACUGCAGCCAGGAUUCCGUUUGAGGUGCCUUUCUGCCAAGAGUUAGCCACAGAAGCUGCAAAUUCACAAGCAUCUGGAAUUUCCUGUACCAGGGACCUGGGCCUCUCAGACCUUGAUGUGUUCCCUUUUGUCCCUGAGCCAUGACUUCCUCAUCAGUAGAGACAUGAGGUACAUCCUCACAGGGCGCUGACAAGGCUGAAAUGACCUCUAAGGGGGAAGGUGCCUCAGCUCUCACAGGCUGCCCGCCCCACACCCAGACCUCUUGUUUAGUAGGCUCCACGAUAUUUCUUCUCUGUCUCUCAUUCAUUAAAUUAAAGUGCCAAAAUUAAAAAUUGGAAGACUCCACAUAAAAUAAAAAUGUCUGCAUCCUGUUUUGAAGUCAGGAUACCUAGGAGCUCCUGGGUCUCCAUACUCCUAUGGCAGUGGCUUGGCAGUGUCUGUGACCUCUGUGCUCCCUGUCACCAUUUUGUAAGCGUGCUCCCCAGCAGUGCUUUCUAAACCUGCUUGCUCACACCCUAUAGUAGAAGGCAGUAGUGUUGAGUUCUCAGUAUGUGUCCCUCCUGUUGGCUGUGUUCAUGGUCUGCUUGUACUGCUCUGCUGUGUGCAUCCGUUCAUACACAAUAAAGAACCAAAAGACGAGAA